CUUAGUGCAAUUUAAAUAGAAAAGAACGAAAGGAAAAAAUAGAAAAUCAUUUAAGAAAGCGAAACUUUCGAAAUUUCUGCCGGCAAUGGACGUAAAUCUCGGUGUAUUCGAUUUAGUUAAAUUGGGUAUUAAAUUUAUCGCCUUUAGAGUGCAACAAUAUUAUCUGACUACUUAUGAACAUGAAAUAGUUGACACGCUUUGUGGCCGAGUGAAAGGUGCGAAGCGAAAGACAAUUUACGAUAAGUUUUAUUAUGCUUUCGAAGGUAUACCGUUCGCUAAACCCCCAAUAGGAGAAUUGCGAUUCCGUGCACCUCAA